AUGUUGAUAGUAAAAGGAAAGGAAGGUUGGGUUUGGGUUUUGUUGGAACCACUGAGAAUAAUUCACAACAACAAACUCGUAUUCUUUUCCAUCGCUUCUUUCACAACACUCCCACUCUCUUUUCUUCUCUUCACUCUCUCUAUCUCCACAUACACCCUUCAUAACCAUAUCUACCAUGUCGAAGCCCUCGCGCGUUUCACUUCCACUCUCAUGGAAGCGCGUCACGUUUCGCAUGAAUCUCGUGACAACGUUGUUUAUCUUUUCCGCAUCAGAUCAUUCUUCUACCUCCUUUGCCUUCCCUUAUCCCUCGCUGCCGUUGUUUCCUCCGUUUACACCACACACACCACUCUUCAAGGAAAAACUUUUACACUUACCUCCGCCCUCAAAAAUAACUGGAAGCGCCCGUUUAUCACCGUUAUCUUUGUUUACGUCAUCCUCAUGGCAUUCUCACCUGUGCUACGUGUCAUCGCUACAUUGUUCUUUUCGCACGAAACCCGGUUUCUUAUUAUGGUCAUUGGAUCGGUCUUUGAGGUUUAUUUGAUGGCGGUUAUGGGCUUGGGCCUUGUUGUAUCCAUCGUCGAAGAUAGAUUCGGUUGGGAUGCAAUUUGUGUCGGAUCGGGGGUUAAUAUUCGGGUAGGUUCUUUCGGAAAAUCUGAUGGUAUUGAAGGUUCAACAUCUUUGUCUUUGGAUGCGGGUACUUUCUUUGCAGGGGGAGCCGGUGCCUUGCCUUUGUCUUUGGCAAGUAUUUUAUGUGUAGGUAUUGGUACUCUUUUUGUUAUAGUGGGUGGUGGUGAAGGGAUUGAAGUAGAUAUAUUGUAG